GUGUGACGUAAGUACGUCGGCUGGUUGAACGUUUACGUGUAGCUAGCGGUGCACACUGUGUGAGCGUUUCCGAACAAAAGCCUGAAGACAAACAAAUCAAUAGCAGCAAUCGGCAUUUUAAAACAAAACAAUUGAUUAUCAAAUUCAGGCCCAGUAAACAUUUGGCUGGUAGUCCUAUCAUCUCCCCAUUGGCGUCGUUCACAGGUACAAGCCACAGAUAAAGGCCCAGAAGUGACCCUUCUCUCCAGCUAAGAUGGGAGGAGCUGUGAGCGCUGGGGAGGAUAAUGACGAGUUGAUUGACAACCUGAAGGAGGCACACUACAUCCGUUCGGACCUGGUGGAGCGGGCCUUCAGGGCCAUCGACCGGGCCGACUACUACCUGGAGGAGUACCGUGACAGCGCCUACAAGGACCUGGCCUGGAGGCACGGCAACAUCCACCUAUCAGCACCCUGCAUCUACUCUGAGGUGAUGGAGGCCCUGGACCUGCACCCGGGCCUGUCCUUCCUCAACCUGGGCAGUGGGACGGGGUACCUCAGCACUAUGGUGGGACUCAUACUGGGUCCAUUUGGUGUGAACCAUGGGGUGGAGUUAUAUGCUGAUGUGAUUGAGUAUGCCUACCAGAAGCUAGACUACUUCAUCAAAACCAGUGAAAGCUUUGACAAGUUUGAGUUCUGCGAGCCUUCCUUUGUGGCGGGGAACUGCCUGGAGAUCCCCUCUGAGUGCAGACAGUAUGACAGGGUGUAUUGUGGGGCGGGGGUGCAGAGAGACCACGAGGAAUACAUGAUGAACCUGCUGAAGGUGGGGGGUAUUCUGGUACUGCCCCUAGAGGAGAAGCUAACCAAGAUCACUCGUACAGGCCAGAGCAGCUGGGAGACCAAAAAGAUCAUUGCUGUGUCCUUCGCUCCCCUGGUGCUCCCCAAAGAUUACACCAGUAACAUCAAAACAUCAAAGACCGCCCCACUACCCACGUUUGAGGUGCGGACGCUGCAAGAGCUGGCUCGUAUAGCCAUCCGCCACACCCUGAGAGUGACCACGGACAACAGGGGGGGUCAGCAACGAGGCCGGGGCUCUUUUGGAGGAGGCAGGGGCCUGGGGGUCAGUGGGCUCCACAAGUACGGCCCGCGCUUUAAACGUCGGCGCAUUCAUCGGCGCCACUGUAACUCUGUGGUACUGAGCAGUGCCCUCCCUACCUCCGCCCCCCUGGACAACAACAAUAACCGCGGGGGCCAGAAGGAGGAGGAGCAGGGAAGGGCAACCCGGGGAGCGGGAGAGGAGGCUGCGGCGGAGGAGGAGGAGGAAGCAGAGGAGGAAGCAGAGAGGGAGACAGGGGAGCUUCUCCGGGCAGAGCCACCUAUAAACAUCCUGAGAGAGAGGAUUCUCUGCCUGCCCCUCCCGGAGCCUCUGAAGAUGUACCUGCUGUACUACCGGGAGAAAUGACUUCUCCACAGAUAGAACUAACAGCAGAAAACUACCAAGCAACCAGCCUUGGCAUCUACAACCCCUGACCCCUACCAUUCUUCUAGGCAGGGCAACAGGCCCCCUGUUACUGACUUAGUGACUGGGUCUGUAUCCCUCUUGUCCUCUACAUCAUCCUCUCUCUCUCUGUGUUUUUCUUACUCAAUGCCUUUUCUGUAUGUGUAAGAAGCAUAUAUAUUUGACCAGUGUAAUGGUAAGAGUUUCACCUCUGUGAUAGAACGGCUCCCUGUGAAUCUGAAGCUUAGCUUUCUCAAUGGCACAGAUAUCUUUCUCUGACAGCCAAACAGAUCCAUUUUAACUCAGAGUUGGGUGGGUGUGAGUUUGUGAUCUAUCAUUCUGUGCUGUGAUUGAGCCCUGGACAUAUGGUGGUGUGUUAUCUUGUUGGAAGACUUCUUAUUGGUCGUUACGUGCAGCCACAGGUUCCAGAACACGUUGGUUCAGGUCUUCAAUAAAGGUAAACCACUGGAUAUUGCUUUAGAGCCUUGUGCUUCAUAAAUGGCAUAGCGUCCGAGCCGGAGGGGAAAUAGUUUGUAAUUUCAGUCGUGUCCAGAAGCCAGAGAGACUUUGUUUGGUAUAGUGGACAGGGAUUUGAGACCACACAGCUUGGAUUUUCCCUAUUAGACCCCCCCCAAGACAUCAUAGAUCUGUUCAGGGGAGCUGUUUGUGUGGAGUUGGAACUCUGUAAAUCAACAGAGCUUGCACAAUGAGUAUCAUGUAGGAUUCCACAGUGAGGCCGUUUUGUUUUUGAUAUUGCACAUCGUAACAUUGGUCUGAUCUGGUGUGGCUGAGUGGAGCUGGUAGAGCUGCCUGUUGAAGACGUGUGGGUGUGGAGCUGGUAGAGCUGCCUGUUGAAGAUGUGUGGGUGUGGAGCUGGUAGAGCUGCCUGUUGAAGACGUGUGGGUGUGGAGCUGCCUGUUGAAGACGUGUGGGUGUGGAGCUGCCUGUUGAAGACGUGUGGGUGUGGAGCUGCCUGUUGAAGACGUGUGGGUGUGGAGCUGCCUGUUGAAGACGUGUGGGUGUGGAGCUGCCUGUUGAAGACGUGUGGGUGUGGAGCUGCCUGUUGAAGACGUGUGGGUGUGGAGCUGCCUGUUGAAGACGUGUGGGUGUGGAGCUGCCUGUUGAAGACGUGUGGAGCUGCCUGUUGAAGACGUGUGGGUGUGGAGCUGCCUGUUGAAGACGUGUGGGUGUGGAGCUGCCUGUUGAAGACGUGUGGGUGUGGAGCUGCCUGUUGAAGACGUGUGGGUGUGGAGCUGCCUGUUGAAGACGUGGUAUGUCUGAAACUGUUGACCUACAUUAUGAUGAGUGUGGUUUAGAGACAUAUAUAUCUAAAGUGAUGCUAUUGGUUGACUCUAUUCUGUUAGCAGGUUGACCUUGGUAGACUGGCAGUGAAGACUUGGUGUGUUUUUGAGAGUCAACAUUCCAGAGAAUAACUGUAGUCGACACUAUGAUAUGAUUAAGUCCAGAAGACGUUUCAGAUUCAACAUGAUCAUGAGACUAAGGUUGGCGAUGCCUCUUCAAUUGUUAUGACGGAUUCUGCUCAUUUCCAGAUUCAAAAGCACCUACUAGAGAUCAAAUUCUCUUUUUAUGUUUAGUAGAUUUAUUUUCCAAGAGGUCCUAUGAAUAUUUCUUUGCUCGUCCGUGUUGGGACAUUUUUAAUUGUCAAUUCGGGGGGGGAAAGUAAUUUUUAAAUUGGAUUCAUAGGUGGAUUUAAAUUUGAGUUGAAUUGCAUUAGCUUCGGAAUUUAUUGGAUAAAGUUGAAAUUGACUCUAACCCUGGCAUGUACGUUGAUCUAAAUAUGUUAAUUUGGUUUACUUCAUAAUCAAUAGUGAAAGGAUCAUGUUUUUUUCCCCUACAUACUAGUUGUGUUUUCCUAUUGGUCGAAAACAGCAUGAAAUUGUAAACAUUUUUUUUACUGGUUGAUGAUGCCAAUUAAUUUUGUUGAUGUGUGAAGGGUUGCUUUUCUUUUCUCCUGUCAUUCAAAACUAACAUUUGAAGUGGAGUUGUGGUGUUCAUCAACACAUGGGACAUUUGUGUGUAGAUUUUGGUUUGUAAUGCAACAGGAAAAUUAAAAACGGACUAAAAUAUAUAUUUUUUUAGCUCUUAAUCGCUACAGAUAUUCCUUAAGUUAGACUGGAUGUUUUACCGUUUUUCGUCUCGACUCAAACUUUCACCCUUCAGUGCCAAACCUACAGUAUGUCGCAUGAAACUUGCAUUCUAGUUAAACUAUUCUGAUUUGUCCUUUUUUUAGAUAUGCUUUCUCAUUGAUCAAAUUAUCGAUAAAUCUUUAUAGUGACUUGGUCGUCCGACUGUGUAACAGUACAAGUCUUGAGUUUUGUCAUGUUCAUUUUCAAUAUUGUGGUAGAUGAAAGGCUUAAAGUCUUUCCCAAUCUGCCUUUUAUUCUGUGCUGUAGGUCAAAGGUUAUCAUUUUGUGAAUUUAU